AUGAACUGGUUGAAGUCGACUCUCUCCGCCGUGGUGGGCACCGAGGAGCCUAUCUAUGGCCCGGAGGCUCUUCAGUCUGUUGCGAAGCAGACCGAGACAACUCCCUUCUCUGAUGUGAACAAGGAGAUUCUGCGCUGGCGCGCAUUCUCUUACACCAAUGUCGAAACCCAGACCUUCUACAUCAUGGCCGACAACGGGACCCUGGUUUUCGUUCAGGUUAUUUACAGCAACAUCGUCGGAAUCCACACCACCGCCCAGUUCAAUGUGAAGGUUUUCGACGUCAGCGGAAAGGGCGACAACAAGUGGUUCUCGGAUCCGCUCUCCAACUUCAUGUUCGACGAGAACAUGCUCUCCUUCGGCGCCGACAACCUGUCGCUCACCCUGAACGAGGAGGGCAACUCUUACACCAUCAAGUCUACCGUUAAUAGCGGCGCCUUGGUCGACAUUAAGUUCUCCCAGACCGCACCUGGUUUCGUCGUCGGCAAGGACGGAACCUCAUACUUCGGAACCGACCCCAAGAACCCAUGGGGUUCUAUGCGUCAUGCCUUCUGGCCCCGCUGCGCUGUUGAGGGUAGCAUCACCACCAAGGACCAGACCUACGAUCUCGGUGGUCGUGGUCUCUUCAUCAUGGCCCUGCAGGGCAUGAAGCCUCACCACGCUGGUAAGAAGCCCUACACAGAAAGUAACAAGCGGAACCGCCCCAUGCUAACAAAAACACAGCUGCCCGCUGGAACUUCAUCAACUUCCAAACCCCCCACCUACUCCGCCGUUAUGAUGGAGUACACCACUCCCCCCUCCUACGGCUCCACCACGGUCAACGUCGGCGGUAUUGUCAAGGAUGGCGAGGUUAUCUACGCCGGCACUACCAACAAAGCAACCCACACAGAAACCGGUCAGGACGAGGGCAGUGACUGGCCCGCCCCCAAGUCCAUCAAGUGGGAGUGGAGCGGCAAGACAACCGGCGACAAGGAGCUCACAGCCGAGGUGAAUGGCGCCCUCGGCUCGCGACUGGAUCGCAUCGACGUCAUGGCCGAGGUGCCCGGCUUCAUUAAGAGCAUUGCUGGCAGUGUUGCCGGUACUCGGCCGUACAUCUUCCAGUACUCGCCCCAGGAGAAGCUCUCAUUCAAGCUGAAGCUCGGCGAUGAGGAGAUCACCGAGGAGGGAAUUAUGUUCUCCGAGUCGACCUUCAUCUCGUAA